AUAAAAUAUGAAGUGGAUCAAUUGAAGAGAUAAGAGCUAUUACAUAUCCGUGUGUAUGGUGCUUGGUGAUGUAUACAUUUUUAGUUCAGUGUAGGCUUAUUGUUAACAGAAUCGGAACGUUUAAAUUGGGGUCCGUGACGGGUGGUACACGUUUCCACGGAACUAGAAACAGGUUGCACUUCUUAUUUGUUAAGCCAGUUGCGAGCAUGGCUGGAGAUAGUGAGACACGGAUCAAAUCCACUGAAAAUGAACAGAGAAGCAAACAACCUUUUCUUAUCGGCGUAUCUGGAGGAACAGCUAGUGGCAAGUCCUCAGUAUGUGAGAAGAUAAUGGAGCUGCUGGGGCAGAAUAAGAUCGACCAUCACCAACGCCAGGUUGCUACCCUCAGCCAGGACAGCUUCUAUAAGGAGCUCACCCCGGAACAAAAAGCCAAAGCAAUCAAAGGCCAAUUCAACUUCGACCACCCAGAUGCUUUUGACAAUGAACUCAUCAAGAAGACACUUCAUGACAUCAUGGAGGGGAAGACCGUUCAGAUUCCAGUAUAUGACUUCAUCACCCAUUCCAGAAAGGAUGAGUUUGUGACCCUGUACCCAGCUGAUGUAGUGCUGUUCGAGGGCAUCCUUAUAUUUUACUCCCAGGAGAUCAGAGACCUCUUUCAGAUGAAGCUCUUUGUGGACACGGAUGCGGACACUCGUCUCUCUCGAAGAGUUUUAAGGGACAUUGAAGAACGUGGCAGAGACCUAGAACAGGUGUUGACCCAGUAUAUAACUUUUGUGAAGCCAGCUUUUGAGGAGUUCUGCCUGCCAACAAAGAAAUAUGCAGAUGUCAUCAUUCCACGUGGAGCAGACAAUCUUGUGGCAAUAAACUUGAUCGUGCAGCACAUACAGGACAUUAUGAAUGGCGGAUUCUCCAAACGACAGAGUGGUUGCAUGAAUGGUCAUGUGACACCACGGAAACGGAGGACUUCAGAGUCCAGCAGGCCCCAUUGAUGUUCAAUCUUUAUCCUCUUCAGAAGGAGGACCAUAUGCAAUGCCUGGACUGGGGACGAAGCAAAAAUGACACGGCCUUGGCAGAAUUUACAUGCAUUUGUAUUGUUCAGCAUUUUAGGAAUUUACAAUGGUUCCCAUAACAGCAUUACAGUAUUGUUUGUUUAUAUAAAAAAACUAAGGUAUUGAAGAAAGAAGGAAAUGGACUCCAUUUAAAAAUGUGGACUUCUAGUUUAGUUGAAAUAUCUAGGGGUUUUUUUAUUUAAAAAAAGAAAAAUCCUUCCUGGGUUUGAUCUAAGGAAGCACAAUGCAAGCCCUGUCCAUGGGGAUUCAGCAAUAAGUGUUUUUGUGAUGAUGGGUGUUCGGUUUUUAAUUUCUGAGUAGGGGAGAUUGGAAAUGGGUUGAGAGGGAAAAUGCUCUCUUAGAAUUCACUGCUUUCCCAUUGUGUCUUGUCCCGCCUUGAACUGCAUCAUCAAAUAAAGUGGAUGGAGGAGACUAGAGGCGAGGCUUUUGAGGUUCCAGCUUUGUCUCCCUGCACCCUGGUGACUGGCACACUGCCAUUAUGUGUCACAUGCGAAAGGAGGUUCAUGUCAGAGAUCUGAUUGCAACUUGGGAGGAAAAAAAUGUUCUUUUCAAACUCGGGGCCUAGUUCUUAAUCUUUAUCUUUUGUAGACCAUGAAUAAAUCCAAUCUGGGAUUUUACUUUUGUACAUUUACUGUAAUGUAUCUUAAGAGUUGUUUUUCUUUUACUGUUUCAGAUAUGUCAGAUGGGUUCUAUUGUUUUGCUAGCAUGUUAAUCAUAUUUCAAUUAUAUAGGGUUGCAAUUUACAUGUAUAUUUAAUUGAAAAUGACUUUCAAAAGCUAGUGUAACUUUGGUGCAAAUGGGGACAGUUCUUUAGUGGCAGUCAAUGUAAAGUACGUAAUCUUUUCUAAAGCAGAUUGCCGUGGGGGAAAAUACAAAAACUGGGAAAGACUUGAAUAAGAGGACCUUAACAAAUGAAUAUGAAUAUUUUCUGACCUUUCCUUGGAGAAAAUGAGCCAUGUGUUGUCACAUUGGUCUUCUCCAAUCAAAAUCAUCCGGUCAGAAUUUCUGGAGUUAUCCUGUGGAUAAGUAGAUUCAAACCCGUAAAACUUAGCUAGGUUUGCCUCAAUGGAUUGAUAUUUCUGUAUCUAUCAUAUAUCAGUUUUCACACCAAAAUGCAGAGAAAUGCCUCGCAUUUUUUUUUUUUUUUUUCAUUUAAUUGUGAUCAUUCUAAGGAGAUUGAAUCAGUAAUAUUAAAUGGUAGGUAAAACUGUCAAAUUAACUAUAUUGACUUGGAUGGUGCAGUGAGUCAUCUCCAGGUGAGUAAGGUGGAUAGAAUUGCAUACUCAUGUGGUACAUGUACCUUUGUAAUUUGUCAGAAGACGAAAUAAAAGUUUUGUAUCUUA